UCAUCAUCAAAUUUGAAUUUACAUUCUAAUUUCAACUCUAAAUAACAAACAAACAAAAAAACAACAUAACCGAAAAUGAUUUCCAAAAUCUUGUGCCUUUCAUUGUUGGUAGCAGCCGUUGUUGCCGAUCAAGUCGAUGUUAAAGAUUGUGCCAACAAUGAAAUCAAAAAAGUAAUGGUCGAUGGUUGCCAUGGUUCUGAUCCAUGCAUCAUCCAUCGUGGUAAACCAUUCACUUUGGAAGCCUUAUUCGAUGCCAAUCAAAACACUAAAACCGCUAAAAUUGAAAUCAAAGCCAGCCUCAAUGGUCUUGAAGUUGAUGUUCCCGGUAUCGAUACCAAUGCUUGCCAUUUUAUCAAAUGUCCAUUGGUUAAAGGUCAACAAUAUGAUGCCAAAUAUACAUGGAAUGUGCCGAAAAUUGCACCAAAAUCUGAAAACGUUGUCGUUACAGUCAAACUUAUCGGUGAUAAUGGUGUUUUGGCUUGCGCUAUUGCUACCCACGCUAAAAUCCGUGAUUAAAAAAAAAAUAAAUAAGAAAAUUUUCACCAACAUCGAACAAAA